AUGGCGUCCGCGCCGCAAAACACGGCGUCGACGCACAGGUCGGCGGUCGUCCGAGGCAUGCACGAGUUUCUCAUCGUCGGCUACAGCGAGCGUAAGCCUUUCGCCCGCCUCACCAGCGACCCCGCCCGCGUCCUCUACGACCUCAGCCACGGCAAUGCCCUCGUUAGGUACCACUCCAUCAACUCCGGUGCCUUCCAGGUCAGCAACUACACCUGGGAUCUCGUCUGCACCUUCGACGACCAAGACCACCUCACAUCUAUCACCCUCGACCUGCUCAGCACCGACAUAACCAAGGACGUGAUCGUCACGGCCAGCCUUCAGAUCGACGACCCGCGCGGCCAGUGGCCGCCCGCUGUGUGGCGAAGCGACGCCGCCUAUAGAUUCUCAACCAAUUUUAUUUCCAAGAGUAUGAGCUGGAAGCUGUCGCUCCCAGAUGCGUUCUGUGGGCACGAGGAGCGCUACGUCACCGACGACGACCGCCUCACCAUCCUCUGCACCCUCGGCAUUCUCCAAGAGGAUGUUCAGACCGCCGCAGAGGCAAGGAAGUGCUUGGUCUCCGUGGUGCCGGCGCCCACCAUCCGCCGGGAUUUCCAGCAGCUUCUACUACGUCCCUCAAAGAUACCCCCGUCAUCGAAGGUGACCUUCCUCGUUGAGGAUACCAAGUUCCGCGCCCACAGGCUUGUGCUUGCUAUGCGGUCGCCGGUCUUCGCCGCGGAGCUCUUUGGUCACAUGAGGGAGAGCACCACGCAACGUGUUAGGAUCGAGGACAUGCGUGCCUCCACAUUCAGGGCCAUGCUCCAGUUCAUCUAUACUGACGAGCUUCCCAUCAAGCCAAACAACGACGAGGAAUCAGGAAGCAGUCGUAAUAACUUCAAAAAAGAAUUCAUGGCGAGGGGCCGUGAAGCCAUGGUGCACAAGCUGCUUGUGGCAGCUGAUCGGUACGAUCUCGAGAGGCUCAGGCUCAUGUGCGAGAACAUACUAUGCGAGAGCAUCGAUGUGGAAACUGUCAUGCCGACUUUGCUGCUAGUGCGGGGCCGCCAAAGGUGUUGUCUGCUCGAGGAUUGCUGCAUCAAGUACAUAACAUCUAGUCCUGAUGUGUACCAAGCGGUGAGGGCGACCAAGGAGUAUGAGGAGCUCAAGGAAACAUGCAGCUCUUUUAUAAUUGAGAUCAACGAAAGAGUAGCCACACACAUGGCCCGCCACACUAGCUCCCCUUCUUCAUCCUUCAUUAUCCGUCGGCCAAUAGAAGAGAAGAGCACAUCCAGGUACAAGUUGGAGGUGGUCCGCGGCACACACGAGUUUAUGAUACCCAACUUUAGCUCCGUGCAAAGAAGCCAUGGUGUUGGCCAAGUAAUCACUUCAGACAUAUUCAACAUAGGCGGUUACGACUGGACGGUCAAUGUGUACCCGUCUGGGUACUCGGCGGAGGAGGGUGGGGAGCACAUAUCUGUCUACCUCCGUUUACGGACUGAUCCUGGAACUGCUAGGGUCAAGUUGUCCAAGGCGUUCCGGAUCGGUGAUCCUAAUGGCAAAUCACCGUCGAUUGUGCUUGGUUCAGAAGAUAUUUUUACCAAGGUACGUGAAACCUGGGGGUUUCAAAAGUUAAUCACGGUGAAUUCUGCAAAGUCACGAUACAUAGGGCACAAUGGUUCCCUUACCAUACGUUGCGACCUUGAAGUCCACACGAAGGCGUGCACUACAAGUACUAGCACCACCAUAGCCAAACCUAUGAUCGUCGUGCCGCCGUCCAACAUUGUCAGGCACCUCGAGCAGCUGAUGGUUAGCAAGCAAUGGUCAGACGUGACGUUCCUGGUCCAGGACAGUGAGAUUCACGCGCACUGGCUCAUCAUCGUCAUGCGGUGGCCGCUUCUAUACGAAAUGUUGGUGGCAUCGACCACCAAAAGUGUCGUACGGAUCGGUGAUAUGAAGGCCGUUGUGCUUAGGGCCAUACUGCACUUUGUCUAUACCGACGAGCUGCUUCCUGUGGAUAACACGGUGGUAGCCAGAGAAAUGCUGGAGGCGGCAUGCCGGUUCCGCUUGGAGAGGAUGAAGGCCAUGUGCGAGAAUUUGCUCGCUCAUCUUCUGUCGAAAGACAAUGCGAUGAGCACUCUGGAGCUGGCGUUGCGACACCACUGCGAGGGGCUCAAGAUUUACUGCAACGACUUCAUCAACCGUGCAAUGAAGUGA